AUGUUAGUUUUCUUGCUUUCACUCACUUUACUAGCUUUCGUUUCUUCUGCUAAACUACCACCUAACGUAAAAUUAUGUUCGAAAAAAGAUCAAAAUUUUUUAAGAUGUGUGGAAAAAAAUAUGAUGUUAGCCAUAAAGGAAUUUGGACCAGGUUCACCUGAUUUGGGUGUACCCAGACUUGAACCAUUCUUCAUUGAAAAGUUGGAAAUUCAUGGAUCUCAAACUGGAUCUGUCCGGUUGGAUCAAAAUUACCACAAUGUUAGUAUUUAUGGUUUUUCAAUAUCUACUAUUUCAAACCUAAGAAUUGAUCAUGAUAAAUGUCGAUGGGAAUUUGACUCAGUGGCUCCAAACAUACGUAUGGAGUCUGAUUAUGCCCUUAAUGGUCAACUUUUAGUUUUUCCCAUCAAUGGUCAUGGAAAAAGUAAUGUUACUAUGGAAAUCGACAUCAAAGGAUCCUCUGAAAUCCACACAACCUGGUUGAUUGGAACCUCCGUUAGGAAAAAAAUCUAUGGUGCCAAUAGAACCAGGAAACCCAAGAAGAUCAUCGUCAGUGUGUAAAACAUGGACAACUUUUGCAUCGUUUUUAUUAAGUCGUUCAUCUUCAGAUAAACCAGUAAAUAUAGGACCUGCAGGAUCUAGUGCUACAAUUCUUGGUAGUUUUUGGUUUGUUAGUUUGGUAACACGUUUUCCAACAGCACCUGCGAUCUGAGCACCCAAAGAAUGGC